AUGCCAUGUGAAUUCAGCCAAAAACAAAAAGAAAGAAUAGCCAAACAGCUAGACAAGAGCCUCGGCCCAGAAUACCUCAGCGUAAGAGCCGGCUUUGGCUCUACACAGCUUACAUACGUCGAAGGGUGGAUGAUUAUAAGCUUAGCCAACAAGAUUUUUGGAUUUGAUGGUUGGUCUUCGGAGAUUAAAAGCAUGACAGAGGAGUAUUGCGAGACAAAUGACGGCAAGACUAGUGUUGGAUAUACCUGUGUGUGCAGGGUUACGCUGAGAAGUGGCGCUUACAAGGAGGAUGUGGGGUUUGGCAGCGCAGACAACCAGAAAAUGAAAGGGCCGGCUGUGGAAAAGGCAAAGAAAGAAGCAGCAACAGAUGCGUUAAAAAGAGCGCUUAGACAGUUUGGAAAUGCACUUGGGAAUUGCUGCUACGACAAGGAAUACAUCAAAAAUGUACGAAAGCAGACUGGAUUCAAGAAAGUUAGCUUUGAUGUGAAGAAGAUUCUGAAGACAACUGAUUUAAUUGAAAAUAAAGAGAACUUUGAUGUAUCUGUAUCGUUUAGUCAAGACAACGACAUUUCAGAUCUAUAG